GUCGGAUUAUCUGUACGGACUCAUCAGCCCAAAGUCAAGAUGUCAUUAUGAGAAUGAUGGCAGGAAACUCAAUGUCGGAAAAACUUGCUGAAGAUAUCGACGCUGCCGUGAAGAGGCUAUCAGACAGUGCUUACGAGAUCGCAUUGAGUCACAUAAGGAACAACCGUGAAGCCAUUGACAAGAUCGUCGAAGUUCUCCUCGAGAAGGAAACGAUGAGCAGGGACGAAUUCAGGGCAAUCCUUUCGGAAUUCGUUGAAAUCCCAGCUGAAAACCGGGUCCCUCCUUCGGUACCCUCUCCGGUCUCGGUUUAAGCAGGAGUCUUUAACAAGUUGUAUUGUACGAGUAUUUCGCUUUGUAUACUACACACUAAAUCUGUAAUCUUUCAUUAUAUGUAAGUAAUCAGAAAAUGUAUACUGAUUUGAAUUUAUGAAUGAGAAGGUGUAGAUUUUUGGA